GUAACCCGUACCCUACCCAAACAGAACGGGUGUGGAUUUGGGCAAGGGUGAUGGGUGCCCACCGGCAACGCUAGCUCGACCCAUUCCGAAUCUCGCUCGCUCGCCGCCGCCGCGGCCGCCGCCGUUACCCGCGCCCCCGCGCCUCCCAUGCGCGCGCUCGUGCGCCGCGCGGCCUCGCUCCUCCGCGCUGCCGCGGGGCCGGUGCCGAGGCCUCCCUGCCCCACGCAGCGCCGCCUCCCCGACGCCGUCUGCCGUGGCAAGAAUAUUCCAACGUUCUGUUCCAGCAGAUAUUCCACCCUUGUAGCUCCAUCAAAUGAAGUUCUAAUUCCUCCAGAGUUGUUGUCUAGCCAAACUGUUGGGACACCUAAGAGAACGAUCGGCCAAUAUGAAGAUCUAGUAGCUAGAGUAACAAACUUCCACAAUGAGGAUAAGGGCUACAUGGUUUUGGAUGGUGAUGUUUUUGAUGUUCCAAUUAGGAAGGAUAUUGUUCACAGAGUUGUACGGUGGCAACUUGCUAAACGACAACAGGGAACACAUUCAACAAAAACUAUCAGCGAAGUAAGUGGGACAGGAAGAAAGCCUUACAAGCAAAAGGGAACUGGAAGAGCACGUCAUGGAACACUGCGUGGCCCUCAGUUCCGUGGUGGUGCAACCAUGCAUGGGCCUAAACCACGAAGCCAUGCAAUCAAGUUGCAAAAGAAGGUUCGGCGUCUGGGGCUGAAGAUAACCUUAUCUGCUCGGACUGCUGAAGGAAAGCUGUUUGUAUUUGAGGACUUGGAAGUUCCUAGCCACAAGACAAAGAACAUUGUGAACUAUAUAAGCCAGAUGGACAACACAAAGAAGGUGUUAUUAGUUGAUGGAGGUGAUAUCGAUAAAAAGUUAAAGCUGGCUACUCAAAAUCUCCAUUAUGUGAAUGUGCUUCCUUCCAUUGGCCUCAAUGUUUACAGCAUCCUCCAGCAUGAUACCCUAGUAAUGACUCGAGAUGCUGUGAAUAGGAUCGUUGAGCGGAUGCAUACCCCUAUCAACCGCUAGCACUGGUGGUGGUGGACUUAAUUGUGUAAUGCAGGAUAAUCCACCAAUCUCCUGGCAAACCCUUUAUCUUUUGCAGUGAUAUGAUGAUUGCUCCAACUUUUUUUUCUUCCAACAAAUUGCUAUCAUCUAUGAAAAUUUCUCAUGUUGAUUAUUGUUCUGAGUUUAUGUAGCAUGCUUUGUAUAAGUAUGAAACCGGUAGAACAAAUAGAUGGAUGACAUCAAGUGUGAUGAGGAUCCUUGCGCCAUCAUGUAAACAAUAACAUGGCUUCUGGAAUUGCAAAAUAUCAAUGCCAAGAAAAUUGAGAUUUGUUUCUAUAUUAUA